AUGGUCGAAGCUGCAAACGCAAACUCGCCAGCAUCAUCCAUUGUUCUUUCCGAUGCGAUCAUUUGCGAUGAAGAAUCAAUUGAAAUCGUCGAAAUUAGCCAACAGAUUAUACGAAAUGGUGGAGAAACGAUUUGGUUACUUUUAAAUAGGGAAAUAGAUAAAGCCGACAUCUUUAUCGAAUUCGAUCAGAUAACAAUCCCAGUUGAAUCAAUAAGGAUUUAUGGAAAGGUAAUAAUCUUUAUAAUACCAAUUUUCGAAUUGCCUGACGAGAAAAGUUCAAAUUACGGAGAAAAUAAUGCCGUGUUUCUUCGAGUAAAUCUUCAAAAGAUCCGACUUCCACUGGCUUUUUUGUCUCGAGAAUAUAUCAAUGGCGUUUGUAACCACGAUUUGAGUAAUGAAGAAACCAGUUCACAAAUCAAUUCCCUUUUUGAUUUCGCCUCAGGAGGAGAUCCAAUUGUGUUAUUGAAGCCUGUUAUUCCAUUAUUUAAAGUUUGCGACAAAGAGCUUUGCAAGUAA